AUGAAAAGAUCAUGGAAUUAUCUGUGGUUAUUUUACAUCACUAUUCAACAAUUUUUUCAUCAUGGCCAAGCAAAAACAAUUGAAAUUAAUGCAUUAGAUCCAUUAAAAAUGGAUGAAGCCUAUUUAACGAUUAGCAAUAAAAAUUAUUCAAAUUCAAUUUUGUUUAUGUAUAAUAUGAUAAUAUGUGAACAUUGUGAUUUAGAUCAGUUAGGUGAUGUUCUUCUAAUGAACUCAAGCCAAACUUUAACAAUUAGCACAAGAUAUCCAUAUGAUUUUCAAGUUCUUUCAGAUGAAAAAAAUAAAACAUUCCUAUGUCAAAUAAACUCAUACAAAUUUUCUGAACAUGGUUCAUAUUUAUUUGAAGUUAUACAAACAAAACAAAAUAAAAGUUCUUGUACCAUAACUCAAACGAAAAAAUCAAGUUAUUAUUGGCUACCUAUUAUAAUUGCAAUAAUUAUUCUUGGUAUUAUUGUUUUCUUUAUUCAAUUAUGUCAUCACAUUUAUAAUUCUCGUUAUUUUGGUCGUAUUUUAACAAAUUUUCGUCAUCAACGAUUAAUUAAUGAUGAAACUGAUAUUACACCAAGAACAAGCCCAAUGACAAAUAGACAAGUACCAUUGAUGACACAUAAUGAAACUCGUAAUGAUGAUAUUGGUAGUACAGCGAAUAUUGAUAAUCCACCACCAUUAGUUGAACCUCCUUAUAUAUUGAAUAAUUCCAAUACAACUAAAAAAGUUCUAUCAAAACGUCUUCAAUCAUUAGAUACUUUUCGAGGAUUUUCAUUGAUGGUGAUGAUUUUUGUUAAUUAUGGUGGUGGUGGUUAUUGGUUUUUCAACCAUUCGGUUUGGAAUGGUUUAACUCUUGCUGAUUUGGUUUUUCCAUGGUUUGUUUGGAUGAUGGGUGUAUCAAUUGUUCUAUCUCAACGAUCACUUCUAAAGAAGAAAGUACGAAAACUAAGUAUUUUACUGAAAAUAUGUCGACGAACUGUAAUGCUAUUUUUAUUCGGUUUAAUUUUACAAGGUGGACAUGGAAGACCAGAAGAUCUUCGAAUUUUAGGUGUCCUGCAACGUUUAGCAUUAUGUUAUUUUUUUACUGCAAUACUUGUACUUAUUUUUGAUACUUUUGAAGAUGAAUAUAAUUCAUCACAAUGGCCAACAGGUGUUAAUGUAUACCGACCAAUACGAACUGAAUUAUCAAAUACAAUACUUCAAUUUUGGCCACAAUGGCUUUGUAUUCAUCUUAUUGGUGUUUCAUGGAUUUUGGUAACUUUCGUUCCAAAAUUAAGUAAUUGCCCAAGAGGUUAUGUAGGUCCUGGUGGCAAACAUGAACAUGGACGAUAUAUAAAUUGUACUGGAGGAAUUGCUGGAUAUCUUGAUCGAGUUAUAUUAGGAAGUUCUCAUAUAUUGAAUGAUCCAACAUGUAAAGUGAUUUAUAAAACUCAAAUACCAUAUGAUCCUGAAGGACUUUUAGGUAUUCUUACUGGAAUAGUUCUUUGUUAUCUUGGUGUUCAUGCUGGUCAUACUUUUAUUUAUUCAACACGUGUUCGUCGUGUUUGUGCACAUUGGAUUGCAUCAGGUUUUAUUUGUGGAUUUUUAGGUUUACUUUUAUCGGAAGGUGGUCAUUCGGAUAGUUGGAUACCAAUUAAUAAAAAUCUUUGGUCAUUAAGUUUUAUAUUUAUUUUAGCUAGUCUUGCUUUUAUAAUCUUAACAAUACUUUAUCUACUUGUCGAUGUUUUUAAAUUAUUUACAGGUGAACCAUGGCUUUGGUUAGGUAUGAAUUCCAUUGUUCUCUAUGUUGCUCAUGAAGUUUGUUCGCAAAGUUUUCCAGUACAAUUUGAAGUUACUGGAACACAUCCGAAAUUACUUGCAUUACAUGUUUAUGGUGCCCUUUUUUGGACUUUGAUUGCUGGUAUAAUGUAUUACAAGAAAAUUUUUAUUGCCAUUUAA